AUGUCGCGCCAUCGAAUCGUUCACACUUUCAAUGCAAGCGAUAUAGUAUCCGAAUUUGACGGAGAUGACUAUGAAGACGAAGUAGAAGACGAGCUCAGCCCAGAAGAUCGCCAGGCCAUGGAGGAGGGAACAGCAGAGGUCCGUCGAGCUCUAGGCACUGAAGCGAACAAGGUGACAAAAGCACAAAUCGAGGAAGCUUUGUGGCACUAUUACUACGAUAUCGACAAAUCAGUCACAUAUUUAAUGAAGACAUUCAUUGCUCCGGCCCCCAAACCAGCAAAGAAAGCGCCAGAAGGUAUGUCAGUCUUUUUUUCUGCUUCGCAACGCCUUUUUGGGACUGGAGCAGACCACAGACGUCUGUCAAACGAGCAUACGUCUAUCAUGGAUCCUCCACCCGCUCUGGGAGUUCCGGCAUGGCAUUUUGACGACAUGCCAUGGAUGAACGUACCUGAAGAACGUCGGACUGUCUUUAUUGAGCCAGAGCGUCCUCGUGGUGGCUUAUUGGGAGGUGGCGAGGGGCCUCCCAAGAUGUCAAAGCUUCAAGCUCUUGCGGCCGCUAGGAAGAAGAAGACCGAAGAGAAAAAGGAGCUGGAACGGGCCGGAAAGGGUCUGGAAAGACUUUCCAUCAAUGAGUCACAAAAAGAGAACCAGCCAGUCUUGGGUCAAGCUCGCCAGGCUCCUGAACCUACACUACAAGUCAGAUUGCCGCCUCAAGAGGAAUCAACAGAGGCUGCAGCUAUCACCGACAACCAGAAAGACAUCAAUUCUGAUCCCAAGGGAUGGCUUAUGGAUGAGGGCCUUCCGGUCAUGAUGCCUCGGGCUGCCCCAUCCGCCUUUGCCAGGACGCUCUUUGGAUCUGCUCCGUCCAAAGCCCCAAGGCCUGACGAGAUUUUUGCUAUGCCAUAUACAUCCUCUCCCAUUUAUGUCGCCGAAGCUUUCGCCGAACCCAGUCCCGAUGACGUGGUGCUCGCAGCUCAGGCGAAAGCGGGGAAAAAGCCAGUAGCCAAGGCUCCUAAAAAGGCCCAAAAGGAGAAAGACAAGGACGUUUCUCAAGUCGAAAAGGACGCUGCGGAGUUGAAUGUUGUUGAGGCUCCGCCCCCUAAGAGCAAGGGGCUUGAUGUUUUGAAGGAAUAUGAAAAUAGUUCCAACAAGAGAAGUAUCAGUUUUGUUGUAGUCGGACAUGUCGAUGCUGGCAAGAGUACACUGAUGGGCCGCUUGUUGCUGGAACUUAAAUUUGUCGAGAAGCACACUAUUGAUCGAUACCGAAAGCAGGCUGAAAAGUCUGGCAAACAGUCUUUUGCCCUGGCAUGGGUAAUGGACCAAAGAAGUGAGGAGCGAGAACGUGGUGUCACCAUUGACAUUGCGACAAACCAUUUUGAGACAGAGAAGACCAGCUUCACUAUUCUUGAUGCCCCAGGCCACAGGGAUUUUGUGCCCAACAUGAUCGCAGGUGCCAGUCAAGCUGACUUUGCUAUCUUGGUCAUUGACGCAAAUACUGGAGCCUACGAAAAGGGACUUAAGGGGCAGACCCGAGAACAUGUGUUUCUCCUACGAAGUCUGGGUGUUCAAAGGCUUGUCAUUGCCGUUAAUAAGUUGGACAUGGUUGGUUGGUCACAGGAGCGUUUUGACGAAAUUGCUCAGCAGGUCAACGCAUUCCUUGCUGGUCUUGGCUUCCAACCCAAAAACAUUGAUUUCAUCCCUAUUUCUGGUCUCAAUGGCGACAAUCUUGUUCGUCGAACAGAAGACACAGCUGCAUCUUGGUACACUGGCCCUACUCUGAUUGAGGCUCUCGAAAACUCGGAGCCAUCGACAACACGUGCUCUCAAGAACCCGUUCCGAAUGGCUAUUUCUGAGGUCUUCAGAUCGCAGCUUGGCACAACGACUAUUGCUGGCCGAGUUGAUUCUGGCUCUGUUCAGAUUGGUGAUGCUCUAUUAGUGCAGCCAAGUGGAGAAGAAGCAUAUGUCAAGUCAAUAAUGGUGGAUUCGGACAUGCAAGACUGGGCUGUUGCUGGACAAAGUGUCAGUGUUGCUUUGACUAACAUUGACCCUAUUCACAUUCGAGUUGGCGAUAUGCUAUGCCAUACCAAAGAUCCUAUCAGCUGUGGCGACACUUUCACCCUGAAAGCCAUGGCGUUUGAGCAUCUCAUGCCCAUGCCGGUUGAUCUCCAUCGUGGACGACUGCAUUCAGCUGGACAGAUUGUUUCAAUCACAGCAACCUUGGACAAGGCCACUGGGGCGAUUGUCAAGAAGAAACCCAGAGUUGUGCAGCCUGGUGGUGUCGCUCGAGUAGUUAUCAAACUGGCGGCUAAGGUUCCUCUUGAGUCGGGGCAAAGAGUUGUGAUCCGAAGUGGAGGUGAAACUGUUGCUGCUGGCUUAUUAGAGUAG